AUGGCAUUUCUAUCUCCUCUCUGGUACCAGUUCUUGGUGUGCUGUUUCGCCUCGGUCGGUUCUUUUACUUAUGGCUACGAUCUGGGAAUCAUAGCCCAGGUGAUAGCUUCAGAGUCUUUCAUAUCUUUCUAUAACAACCCAAGUUCUAUCGACACAGGUCUUGUGGUCUCCUUGUUCACGGCAGGAGCUUUCUGUGGUGCCUUCUUUGCAGGGUUCAUGAGUGAAUAUUUGGGUAGACGUUUGACCAUCACCGGUGCUGCCAUAGUGUUCCUAUUUGGUAGCGGACUCCAAGCCGGUGCCCAAAAUAUGAAAUUCCUGUUGUCUGGAAGAUUCAUCGGUGGUCUGGGUGUCGGAAUCUUUACUAUGAUUAUUCCACUUUAUCAGGCCGAGCUGGCUCACCCUCGUAUUAGAGGUAGUGUGACAGCCCUACAGCAGUUCUUCCUCGGAAUAGGUUCAUUGUGUGCAUCCUGGAUUGGUUACGGUUGUUACCUUGGAUUCGACACAAACAACCAAUGGCGUGUUCCAUUAGGAAUUCAAUUGAUCCCAGCAGGUAUUCUGGGAUCGUUGAUUUUCUUCUUCCCAGAAUCGCCCAGAUGGUUGAUUGAAAAGGGUCGUUACGACGAGGGCCAUGCCACAUUGGCAAGACUCAUGUCUGGUGGCGAUUUGGAUGCCCCUGUUGUUCAAGUUGAACUGAACGAUAUCAAGAAUGCUAUUGAUGAUGACAGACUCAACCGUACAUCAUGGUUGGAUAUUAUCAAGAAGCCAUCCAAUUUCCGUAGGGUGUUCAUCGCGGUGUCGUUGCAAGGCUCCGUUCAGAUGACUGGUGUUUCGGCCAUUCAAUACUAUUCGCCCACUAUUUUCGCCCAGAUGGGACUCUCCACUGGUCGUACACUUCUUUAUCAGGCCAUCAACUCAAUCAUAGCUUUGAUUGCCCAAGCGUUCUGUAUUGCUUUUGUGGACAAGCUUGGCAGACGUUGGCCUUUGAUCCUGGGAAAUUUCGGAAACUGCCUCUGUUUCAUUGUUGGAUGCAUUUUAUUGGCUCAAUUCCCACCAUGGAAGGGUGAGCAGCCAAGAUCUGCCCAAAUCGGUUUUAUUGCCUCGACCUGGAUUUACAACUUUAUCUUCUCGUGCACAUGUGGUCCUCUUUCGUGGGUCAUUCCAGCCGAGAUUUUCAACUCGGCCACCAGAUCCAAGGGUGUGGCCAUUGCCACAAUGACGUGUUUUGCCAUGAACACCAUGAUCGGUCAGAUCACUGAUAAGGCUAUGAACGAUGUUUACUACAAGUACUACUAUCUGUUCAUCAUCUGCAACUUCACUAAUGCGAUAUUCUUCUGGGCAAUUCUGCCUGAGACCAAGGGGACUCCUCUUGAGCAGAUGAACAACUUGUUCGAGAACGCUCCUUGGUUCGUUCCAACUAUGAAGAGGCACAACUAUUUGAGCGACUUCGAGACUGAGGUCAAGGUGCAGCAAUUGAAACAUGAAGAUGAUGUCAAGCCUUCGUUUUCACAUAGGGAUGAGGGUGAUAGUGUCAGUGAUCAUGCGUGA